CUGGAUCUGGCCACGCCAGUGACUCUCACGGAGUGGGUGGAGGGCUUCUACAAGCAGGCAGUGGAGGGAGAGGGGUGGAGGGAGGGCGUGGUGGAGGCAGUGUGUGACGCGGGAGAGAUCGUCUUCGUACCUCGGGGCUGGUGGCACCUGGUCGUGAACCUGGAGGAGAGCCUGGCCAUUACUCAAAACUACGUCUCGUUGUCCAACCUCCCGCAUGUCUUGAGCUUCCUAAGAGACACCCCCCAUUUGAUCAGCGGGGUCCCGGAAGCCGAGCGGCCCUUGCUGUAUGCACGCUUCAGAGAGGCCUUGCGGGAAUCCUAUCCGCAGGUCCUCCAGGAGGCAGAAGGGAAGCCAAGGGAGCGGGCGGGGGCGGAGAGGGAGGAAGGGAGGCAGGGGUGGAGUGCGGUGGUGGGGCGGACGCAUUGUCGGGAGGAAGGAGGGGGGAAAGAUAGCACGGGCAAGCUGGGGCGAGAGGGGAUGGGGACUCAGGGGCUUGGGAGCGAUAGGCACGGGCAAGUCUCUUUCCAAUUCGGAUUUUUCUCGGACGUAGGCUAG